AUGACAGACACCUAUAUUCUGGUCUGGAAUGUGCGAGGAAUUGGUAACCCCAGGGCUCAACGGGAGGUACAUUGGCUUUGUAAGCAACACCAUAUCCGCCUUCUCAUCAUCCUUGAACCUAUGGUUCUGGCGGACACUGCUUUCUUCUGCCGGCGGUUUGGCUUCUCCCAGAUGCUCACCAACACGGCUAAUUCCAUCUGGAUUCUUGCUGAUGACUCUUAUACACUGGCGCCUAUUUCGGAGAUCGAUCAGUGUCUUCAUGUGCAGGUAUCAUCUCCACAGAUUCGCCGGCCUUUUCUUUUAUCUGGCAUUUAUGCGAGGUGCUCUAUCACCCAGCGCCGCGAUCUUUGGUCUUUCUUACAUGACACCGCAGUUUCGUCAUUGGGAUCCCCUUGGCUGCUUGGCGGUGACUUUAAUGCCAUCGCCGAUAUAUCUGAACGGAAGGGCCCGGGUCGGCCUAAGUUGCGCUCCAUUCAGGAUUUCUCGACCGCAAUCCUCGAUGCGAACCUCAUUGAUGCUGGUUUUGAGGGCCCCCCGCACACAUGGACUAAUCGGCGGGUUUGGGAGCGCCUUGAUCGCAUUCUCUACAGCUCUGCCUGGGAGGAUUUUGCGGAGACAACUCGAGUCAGGCACUUACCGCGGAUGCAUUCGGACCACGCCCCGCUCUUGGUCCGGUUCUCGCAUGAACGACACCGCCUUGCCUCUGCAUUCCGGUUUCAGAACAUGUGGACUAGACACCACACUUUUCAGGACCACGUCCGCCAGAGUUGGGUUGUCCCGACGGGCACCACCGGUCUCCUCAACCUGCGAUUGAAACUCGGACGCCUCAAGCAGGCUCUGAAGUGGUGGAACAAACAGGUAUUUGGUAAUAUUUUUCAGGUGCUAGCGGCAGCAGAAAAAGACGCAGAGGAGUGCGAAGCGGAUUUCGAUCGGGAUCCUUCUGACGCCAACCUCCUCCGUCGUCAGCGUAGCGCUGCGGCUUUGACACAUGCGAUUGCUCUGGAGGAGGCUUUCUGGAAACAAAAAGCAGCCUGUCGGUGGACGGUCGAGGGAGAACGGAACUCCCGUAUGUUCCACUCCAUGGUGAAGGAACGACGCCGACAAGCGACGAUUUUCUCGAUGGCAGAUGGUGCUCGUACCCUCACUGAUCACUCAGAUAUUAAGCAGUCAGCCAUCACCUAUUUCUCUGGGAUGUUGGGACAGCCUGAUGAUGCCGACACCUCGGAAAUGGAUGCCUUGGCGGACCCACCACCCCAGGUUCCGCCGGCUGAGUGCACUCGGUUGCUAGAGCCGCCUACACUUGCGGAGAUUCGUGUUGUGGUCUUCUCGAUUGAUCAGGAUAGUGUGGCUGGCCCCGAUGGCUUCUCUGCCGCCUUCUACCAGAAAUGUUGGGAGAUUAUCCGGGAGGAUGUGUUUGAUGCUGUACUGGAAUUCUUUUCGGGAGCUCCUCUCUUGAAGUUCUAUACAGCGACGACUCUUGUGCUUAUCCCCAAGAAGGAGAGGCCACUUGCAUGGGCUGAUUACCGGCCUAUCAGCCUCUGUAAUGUCAGUAGCAAGAUCUUCACAAAGCUUCUUACCACGCGCCUCAGCCCUUUACUGCCGCAGCUCCUAUCACCGCAUCAGAGCGGCUUUGUCAAAGGCCGCGCGAUUGCGGACAAUAUCCUGCUAGCAUCGGAAAUGGUCCAUGAUCUUAAUCUGAGAGAUCUCUUAUCACGAGGCUUGGAGCGCCUCUACAACCGUUUUCCGGAUCUGUACUAUCGGUGUCGUGGUCGGUUCCGGCUGACGCACCUAGCCUAUGGGGAUGAUGUCCUCAUAUUCGCUAAUACCUGUGGCAAUCGCAUCAGCCUUCUGACGGACUUUCUGACGACUUAUGCAAGGAUUACUGGUCAGAAGGUGAAUUGUCAGAAAAGCCAGCUUGUUUUCAUCCGCCAGUGCCCGGAGAGUGUACAACGGCUGCUCCAAUCGGUAACUGGCUUUGGCGCGGCUGAACUUCCCCUCACGUAUCUUGGCGCGCCCCUCUAUGUGGGCAAUCGGCGUAAUAUUCUGUAUGAGGAACUCCUUGGGAAGCUCCGUCGCUAUCUGCAGCGUUGGGAUCGUUCAGUCCUUUCACACGGGGGUCGUCUACAGUUGAUCAUGAGCACCUUGUUCUCGCUCCCCCUCUAUCUGCUGCAGGUACUUUGCCCCCCCCAGGCGGUACUUCACUCCGUGGAGCAGCUAUUUGCUCGUUUUUUCUGGGGUUCUUAUCACGGGCACCGCCGCCGCCAUUGGAUCUCCUGGGCGGAUAUUGCACGGCCACAGGAGGAGGGUGGGCUUGGCAUUCACCGCCUGGCCGAUAUGGUUCGGGCCUUCUCGUUUAAACUAUGGUGGCGACUCAGAGAUGGCUCCUCUCUUUGGGCUCGCGCGCUUCAACAAAAGUAUUUUCGCAGCUCUUUCCCAGGCCUUGCACCCUGCCGGAGCUACGACAGCCCGGUCUGGAAGCGUCUUUGCCAGAUUCGAGAAGAGGCACAGACUCAGCUCACUUGGAACCUGGGGCGUGGGGAGUGCUUCUUUUGGUACGAUACAUGGUGCGGCGAUCGCCCUCUCUACACUGACCGCCAGGACCGCCCUCCGCCGAUUCGGGUGCAAGAGAUGUGGGUAAACGGGUCGUGGGAUUUGACGCGCCUCCAGGCCUACCUUCCGGCAGCCUUUGUUCAGCGGGUCUCUGCGAUUCCUUUUGACCCCCUGACAGCGGAUCAGCCAAUUUGGAAAGCCUCGACCACAGGUUUUUUCUCUACAACUUCAGCCUGGGAGAUAAGCCGAAUAGUUGGAGUACGGAGUUGGCUCUCUUGCAGCUUAUGGUCGCCGUUUCUUACUCCUACAAUAUGGUUCGGGGAGCAGCCCCUCUCGACCUUCCGAGGAGACAGCCGGCCGCCACCGCCGAUACUGGUCAGGGAUAUCUGGACAGAGGGGUCAUGGGACGUUGGGCGACUACGAGCUUAUCUUCCGGAGGCUUUAGUGCAGUGCGUUAUUGAGAUCCCCUUCGACAAGCAGACUGAGGAUCAGAUGAGCUGGAUGUCUUCGGCAUCUGGUACAUUUACUAUGUCCUCUGCUUGGCAGCUUUGUCGGGACACAGGGGUACAGAGUUGGCUUUCGAGGUUAUUGUGGUCGCGGAUUAUGACCCCGACGAUGUCGGUAUUCUUGUGGAGACUGUUUCGGCCACGCAUACCGGUUGUAUCGCGCUGUCAUUGUUGUCAUGCGGAGAUAGAGACUAUCUCCCAUGUCUUUAUUGAUUCGAGAGUUGUUAGGAGAGUUUGGGGGCAUUUUGCAGCACUAUUUGGGGUAUCAUUUCCGGAGACACACACUCCGCAUUUGUUAGUAUCAUCAUGGAGACUCUCUUCGGCGCGUCCUCAGAGCAUUAGGGCGUAUGUUCCGUUGUUGGUAUUGUGGUUCACUUGGACAGCUCGGAAUGACGCGAAGCACAGGGGGCUUCGUAUGUCUUCCGAGAGGAUCAUCUGGCGGAUUCACGUGCACUUGCAGACUCUAUGGCGUGCUAGGGUCCUUCUGCGUCGACAUUGGGAGGGUGAUUUCCAUGUUGCUGCUGGGCUUGGGUUUCGGUAUCCCCCUCCGGUUCCUCGGCCUCCGAUUAUGGUGCGAUGGGAGGCUCCGUCUCUGGGAUGGUUCAAGUUUAACACCGAUGGUGCUUCACUUGGCAAUUCCAGAGCGGCUGGUGAGGCAGGUGUUAUUCGGGAUUCGGCUGCUUGUCGCAUAUCAGGUUCCGAUUUCACACGCAACGAACACUCUGGCAGAGCUGACGGCGAUUCAGAAGGGAGUUGGGAUAGCGAUUGA